AGCUGACCAAAUCUUCCACCCACGUUUAAUAUUGAAAGUGGACGAUGGGUAUAACAGUAGAAUUUCACAACGAUGGUUGUGCCCUUAUCAGAAUGCAAAAUGGGCAAAAUCGUUGGAACUUGACGACAUUGAGUCAGCUCAAUAAUGCCCUGGAUGAGGUAGAAAGGAACAAAUCUGCCUCGAUAUUAGUAACCACGGGGGAGGGUAAAUUUUACAGUAACGGCAUUGACCUGGACUGGCUGAACUCUACCGGGAGAUCUAGUGAUGCUGGUAGACAGUUCUACACGGUCCUGCUGGAUACUCUCUGGAGAGUCAUGCACUUUCCAAUACCCACUGUGGCAGCCAUUAAUGGACAUUGUUUCGCUGGUGGAGCUUUUCUGGCAUUGUGCCAUGAUUACAGGGUGAUGCGGUCUGAUCGCGGGUGGAUUUCCUGGAAUGAAACUUUGAUAAGCCUUCGCAUAACAGAUUCACUCAGCGAAAUUUUAGAACGCAAACUCAACAUAGAGGCUUUACGAGAAUCGGUCAUUUAUGCUAAACGAUUAACAGGCCCUGAAGCUCUCAAACUAAAGAUUGUAGAUAGAAUUGAAACAGAAUCAAAUUUGAUAUCUGAAAGUAAAGCGAUUGGCUUCAAGGCUCUUGGUAACAACAUAAUACAACGAAAAGACUUGCAGAACAUGAAGAAAGACAUGAUUCCACGAACAAUCGGCGUAUCUAAACUUUGAGGAAUCGUAUUUCUUUCCAAAAUUUAAAAUGCACUAGUCAGAUUUUGAUAAGAACAUUGUAUUUAACAGUAUGUCGGCUGAGAAUUGAAAUGUUCUAAUGAUCAAAUAUGACAUGCAUAUCACUGUAUCGUCUUGUUGAGAUCAAUAUGCAUAUAAUUUUUUUUUCUUUUCUUUGAACAAAAAUGAGAAGAUAUAUAAACAGUUAUAGUUUUUUUUUCUCUCUCCACUUGACACAAAUUUAUAAAUAUUAGAUUGUUCUAACUCCUUAAUGUUCAGUCAUAAUGUUUAUAAUUGGUCACAUGACUUUAUCAAUAGAAAACGUGAGAGAGGGGGAUGUCGCUGUGAAAGUGAUUAAACUUAUUUAUUUUAACAGUUUAAUGAUAUUAUAAUAAUAAUAAAAAUGUGAAUUUCUUAUUCAA